CACUCCCCGCCUCCGCCCCGCGGACCUUGGAGCCGGGGCCUGGCUACACUGUGGCUUCUCUCCAUCGAAAAUGUAUUCCCUGGGGUCCUGGCUCCCAGCGUUGCCUGGGCUGGCGUGGGUCUGGGCACUGCUGGAUGCCCUCCUGCAAGGUGAGAUUCCCCCCAGGGUGGCCUGGGGUCAGCCUGGGGACAGCCCAGGUGACACCGGUGACCUGCUGCUGCCUUUUCCCACAGGGCUGGUGGGUGCCUGUGCCGUCUCGGUGCUCUGCAGCCUCCUGAAAGUUUAUACCUACAUCCAGUGUGUGAAUGACCCAGAGAGGCAGGCAGAGAAGGAGGCGAUCGCGGCGCGGCGGCCGCUGCUGGAGCUGCUGCACGUGCUGGUGCUGACCAGUGUCCUGGCCCUGGUGGGCUCCCGUGUGGCUGCGCUGGUGGUGCUGGAGUUCUCCCUGCGUGCCGUCUCCACCAUCAUUUCCCUUGGCAAGGGCGCCCACAGCAGCCAGCUCUACUUGCUGUGCCAGUACUCGCUGGGCUGCGGGAUGUCCUGCGGCCUCAGCUUCCUGCUGGAGGGGGCUCUGCACCGCACCUGGAACCUGGCGCUGGCAGCAGGGCUGGCGGGGCUGCUGGCGCUGCACGCCCAGCGCCUGGCCUGGCAUGUCUGUGCCCUGUACGAACUGCACAGCCGGGCGCGCUACUGCGGCAUCUGCAUCCUGCUGCUGGCCGCAGGGCACGGCAUCCCGCGCCUGCUGCGCAAUGCCCUGGCUCUCACCUUUGCCGUGGCUGACCUGGCUGCCGUGGAGCUCAUCAACCGUGACUUCCUCUCCACGGGCGAGGCCGUGCGCUUCUGGACCCCGCUGACCAUCUGCUACACCCUGCUGGUCGUCUACAUGCAGGAGGAGUCCCGGCAGAGCAUGGGCAGUGGGUUGGUGUUCCGGACUGUGCUGGUGAGGAUGGGCGGCCUCUUCAUCCUCCUUCUCACCGUGGGCCGAUGGACCGACAUCCUGCACGUCUUCGUGUCGCUGCUGGGGGAGCUCUGGUGCCUGCUCCACUUCAGGGUUCUGCUGGAGUCCUGCUGCAGGCAGGAUUUUGCCCAGCAGCCCCGCUUGGGUAGUUUGUCGGGAUCCAGAUCGGAGGAGACAUCUCGAUGAGCCGCGGGGUGAAACCAGACGGCAGAAACUCAGGGUGGCUUCACUGGGCACGCUCAGAAUCGCCCAUCACAGAUCCCCCAUGGGGACUAAGGAAAAAGGCUCCUGGAAGGCAUCCAACCCCAUCCCGUGGGAUGGAGGAGGUUCGGGGGGAAGACUCACAUUGCCCUGUUUUUUGGGGGCAGCACUGCUGGAGUUUGUUCUCUGGUCCCAGUGGGAUUGUGGAAUGCUGAUGGAUGUCCCAUCCUUGCUGGCUGCAGGGCCCCACUGGCAGGGGCCUCCAGGGGGUUAUAAAUCUCAGAAAAUAAAAGUCUUUUCCAGCAAAAUCCACGGGCAGAGCAAGCUGGGGUCCCACUGUGCUGGAAGGGCACUUCGGAUGGUGGCAGUGCAGCAUUUUGAGGGAGGUGGAUAGAAUUCCUCCUUGGGAAGAGAAACUGAGGCAUGGAGUGGGGUAAUCUGACUGGAAAGUGCCCCUGUGCCUCAGUUUCCCCCUGACUGCAGCCCACUGUGCUGUGCCACGGAGCAACAGGCCCUGUGAAGGUGGGGUGCAGUUUGGGGAGGAGGGUGUUCUGGCUGCCUGCGCAUGGACCCCCAAUGCCAGGGGGGAGCAGGAGGGGUCUGGAAGUGUUUGGGGCACCAGGGGCUCCACAGGGGCAUGCUGGGGCUCUAGGGGGAGCACAUAGGUGUCCUGGGGGAGCACAGAAGAAAGAUGAGGCAUUUUGGGGGAUGGAGGUAUAUGGGGGGUAACUGGGGCUGUAUUGGAGGAUAGGGGUUAUCCUGAGGGUAUAUGGAGAUAUUGAGGCUGUACUGGGGUACACAAGCACCCCGGGGCAUAUGGGGGGCUCAUGGGGCACCCCUUGAGGCUGGGUGCUCUGAGGGUGUGUGGGGCUUUCAGGGGGUCCAUGGGAAAACCUGGGAGGGGUAAUCCCAGAGCAUAUGAGGGCACCCACGGGGCCAUGGGGCACCCUGGGGUAGAUGGGGAUCCCUGAGGAGAGACGGGGCACCUAUGGAGCACUUUGGGGAGCGUGGGGCAGUCGGGGGGUGAAUGGAGCACCCAAGGGCAUGCGUCCCCCU